AUGGCGGCGCUCCAACGAUUCCUCGCCGCGACAUCCUCGACGCUGCCGCGGCAGUGCCUCUCGGGCGGCGUGCUGUUCGCGACGGGCGACGUGAUCGCACAGCAGCUCAUCGAGAAGCGCGGCAAGCAGCACGACCCGUGGCGCACCGCCCGCCUGGGCCUCUACGGCGGCGCCAUCUUUUCGCCCAUUGCGGCGACGUGGUUCGGCAAGGUCCUCGAGCGCGUCCAGUUCAAGAGCCGCUACGCCAACAUCGCCACAAAGGUCGCCCUCGACCAGCUCGUCGCCGCGCCCAACAUGACGGCCCUCUUCUUCACCGCCACCACCCUCAUGGCCGGCGGGUCUACGGGCGAUGUCAAGGCCAAGCUGAACGAGUCAUGGUGGUCGACGCUCAAGACUGGCUGGGCGGUGUGGGUACCCGUGCAAGCCGUCAACAUGGCCUUUGUCCCUCCCAACCAGCGCCUCCUCUUUGUCAACGUCGUCUCGAUAUUCUGGAACACGUUCCUGUCGGUCGUCUCGUCUGGCUCGGAAAAGACGGCCGAGGCCAAGCUGCACGACGGCAUCGAACUCGUCGAGGCCAAGGUCGACAAGAUCCACUAA